GCUCUUCGGUUCUUUCGUUGCAUUCGUGUGAGGUUGAGCUUCCAAUUCGGCUUCGCAGGUUAGCGUGGGGUAGAGCUUCGAACGAGUCGCUCGCUUGCCAUUGCCUGUCUAGGGUUUGCUUUUCCUCUUCUGCAUUUAUUCGUAGCUGUUCUGCUUCGCGUUUCUGAAAGUGUCGAAGCUUCUCCACCUCCUCCUCCGACGUUGUUCCUGUCGGAUCGGAAGUCGCGCCGGGAGCUCGCCGCAAAGUUUUAAAAUAGGCUGACAUAUAUUAAAGAGUUAUUAUGGCGGUUCAUAGUUGCAUUAAACAAAUGUUUUUAGACAAUGGAGAAGAUGAUGACGGGCCUACAAUUUUUAAGAGAACUAAUCCAUCAGCUAAACAAAACCAGUUAAAUUCCACGUCUAGGAAGUUAUCAUCUCAAAACAACGAUGGGUCUGUCGCAAAACAUACAUCUAGCAGUCUGCAGUCUUCCAAAGAUGCGAGUUUAGUGUUGAAGAAGGAUAAAGCUGCAUCAUCUUCCAAAAUUGCAGCUGAAAAGCCCAAGGCUGUAAGCUCUAAUGCUCCUGCUUUUGUUCAUGAUAAUGCAAAAGGCUCAUCGGGUCAGAAAUUGGCUUCUAGAUGCCAGAUGAAAGCAUCCCAUUCUGGCAAGUCUUUUGUGGCUGAGAACUCUGAUGACUCUGAUGAUAAAAAGCCUUUAAGCAUUAGACUUAAUCCAUCUUCAAAGGGAAAUAAUUCCACGGUUUUCCAAAAGGUACCUAAGCAGUCAAUGGCCAGUGGUAUAACAAAUAGAUCUUCCAUCCAGAUUGCAUCAGAUAGGCUAAAUGGGAAAACUAGAAGUUCUGAUGAUUCUGAUGAUGAUGAUAAUGUUCCCUUGAGUACUAAAUUUAAUUCAGCUUCUUUAGCACCUCAGAGAAGUAAUUCUUUACUGGUUACAAAGGCAAGCAUCAAGGAAUCUUCCACCGAUUCAGAAGAUGAAAAACCUUUGCUUUCUAGACUUCAAGCAAAGAGCGGUGAUGCUAAAUCUAUAAAUUCUAAAAUUGUGGCAAAUGGAUAUGUUAAGAACAUGUCAAUUGAUGGCUUGAAGCACUCAAAAGGCUCAAGUAAAAGGCCCAUUGGUGACAGUAAUAAUUCGACUGAGACUUCUUUUAAGAAAGCUAAAGUUCUUGGAAGCCCAGCUUCCAUUAAAGUUAAACAGGAAGUAGAAGUGAAGAAAGAGCAAAAGAUGGAUGAUGACCAUAUACCAAUUUCCCAUAGAAUCAAAAAGACAGUUUCUUCGGGAAGUCAAGUAUCUGUGAAGAAAGAAGUUAAAAAAACCGUGUCAUUCAAGAAAGAUGGUAAGAAGAUGAAAACACUGAAGGACUCAAAAUAUUCCAAGUCUUCGAAAGUGCCACCUGGAUCUGGUGGAGGAGUGAAGUGGACUACCUUGGUGCAUAAUGGUGUUAUUUUCCCUCCACUAUACAAUCCUCAUGGGAUUAAAAUGCUCUACAAUGGUCAGCCAGUUGAUUUGACUCCUGAGCAAGAGGAGGUUGCAACAAUGUUUGCUGUCAUGAAGGACACCGAUUAUGCCAGAAAGCCUAAAUUCAUUGAGAACUUCAUGAAUGAUUGGAGGCAAAUACUCGGUAAAAAUCAUGUCAUUAAGAAAUUUGACCUUUGUGAUUUCACUCCAAUUUAUGAGUGGCAUCUAAGGGAGAAGGAAAAAAAAAAGCAGAUGAGUUCAGAGGAGAAGAAGCUUCAAAAAGAAGAAAAGAUGAAGCAAGAAGAGAAAUAUAUGUGGGCUAUCGUUGAUGGAGUAAAGGAGAAGGUUGGAAAUUUCAGGGUUGAACCACCAGGACUAUUUCGUGGCCGUGGAGAACACCCAAAGAUGGGAAAACUGAAAAGACGCAUUCGACCUAGAGAUAUUACAAUUAACAUUGGCAAAGGUGCUCCAAUUCCAGAGUGUCCUAUACCUGGUGAAAGGUGGAAAGAGGUAAAGCAUGAUAAUACUGUCACGUGGCUAGCUUAUUGGAGUGAUCCAAUCAAUUCAAAAGAGUGCAAGUAUGUUUUUCUGGCAGCGAGCAGCUCUUUAAAGGGUCAAAGUGACAAAGAGAAGUAUGAGAAGGCGAGAAUGUUGAAGAAAUACAUACGAAAUAUUCGUGCAAAUUAUACCAAAGAUUUUACAAGUAAAGAUGCUACAAAGCGGCAGAUUGCUGUAGCCACUUAUCUUAUUGAUAAGUUAGCAUUAAGGGCGGGCAAUGAGAAGGAUGAUGAUGAGGCUGAUACUGUUGGUUGCUGCACUUUAAAAGUGGAGAAUGUUAAACUACUCCCACCAAACAAGUUGCAGUUUGACUUUCUUGGUAAAGAUUCCAUUAGAUAUUUUAAUACCGUAGAAGUUGAGUUAGCUGUCUACAAAGCAAUUGGAGAGUUCCAAACUGCCAAAAAGAAUGAUGGAAGGAAGAAAACUGAUGGUGAUGAUCUUUUUGACUUGCUGGAUACAAGUAAACUCAAUGCUCACCUGAAGGAACUCAUGCCUGGCCUUACUGCUAAAGUUUUCCGUACAUAUAAUGCUUCCAUCACAUUAGAUGACAUGUUGAAUAAUGAAACCAAGGAUGGAAACGUACUAGAAAAGAUUGCAGUAUAUCAGAUUGCCAAUAAAGAGGUUGCAAUAAUAUGUAAUCAUCAACGAACCGUUUCAAAGUCUCAUGAAGCCCAGAUGUCUAGAUUGGAUGAAAAGAUAAAUGAGUUGAAGGCCCAAAGGAAGGAGCUUGAGGUUGAUUUGAGCAAAGCAAAAAAAGGGAAGCCUUUGGGGAAGGAUGCAGAAGGAAAAUUGAAGAAAAAUGUGGCCCCUGAGCUGUUGGAGAAGAGGAUUAUUCAGGUCGACGACAAAAUAGAGAAAAUGGAAUUGAGUAAAAAGACGAAAGAGGAUUUGAAGACCGUUGCUCUAGGCACUUCUAAGAUCAAUUACCUUGAUCCUAGGAUAUCUGUUGCAUGGUGUAAGCGUAAUGAAGUUCCCAUUGAAAAGAUAUUCAACAAGUCGCUUCUUGCAAAAUUUGCUUGGGCAAUGGAUGUCGACCCAGAAUUCAGAUUUUAGUUACAUGUACGCAUAUACUGUCCUUGUGGAAACCCCCCCAACUCUAACUGGUUCUCGCUUUACUCCCAUCAGCACAGAAUAUCUGGAAUGCUAUGAUUUCCAUUGUAUAAUUCUUCUGGUCGGAAGCCCGUUAAGAAAGAGAGCAAAUUCUUCAAGGUGUGAUCAUAUUAAAGAGUAGAAGAUGUUCAUGCUGGUUGUUUCUUCUUCCUUUUUUUUUUUACUUGAUGUGGGAAUGGACUCUCAUUUUAACAGAGAUGGUACACUUGGGAGAAAUAUUUAUUAAAUAAUUUGUGUUAUUUUCUUUUAUUUCUAUGAAAUGAGUAUCUAAUUCUCUA